AGGAUGAACGGCACCGAAGGCAGCAACUUCUACAUCCCCAUGUCCAACCGGACUGGGCUUGUCAGGAGUCCAUUUGAAUACACGCAGUACUACCUGGCUGACCCAUGGCAGUUCAAGCUUCUUGCUUUUUACAUGUUUUUGCUCAUCUGUACGGGAGGCCCUAUCAACGGGAUGACACUCUUGGUAACGGUGCUGCACAAAAAGCUUCGUCAGCCUCUCAACUUCAUUCUGGUCAACUUGGCUGUUGCUGGCAUGAUCAUGGUCUGCUUUGGAUUCACCAUCACCAUCACUUCAGCUGUUAAUGGCUACUUCAUCCUUGGACCCAUGGCUUGUGCUAUUGAAGGUUUCAUGGCCACUCUUGGAGGUCAGGUUGCCCUGUGGUCCCUGGUGGUGCUGGCUGUUGAGAGGUACAUUGUCGUCUGCAAGCCCAUGGGCAGCUUCAAAUUCACCAACAACAUUGCCUUGGGAGGAGUUGCCUUUACCUGGGUCAUGGCUUUCUCCUGUGCUGCUCCACCCCUCGUUGGAUGGUCCAGGUACAUCCCUGAGGGACUGCAGUGCUCCUGUGGACCUGACUACUACACCCUGAGCCCUGAAUUCAACAACGAGUCCUAUGUCGCCUACAUGUUCGUUUGCCACUUCUUUUUCCCUGUGGUCAUUAUCUUCUUCACUUAUGGAUCACUGGUGUGCACAGUGAAAGCGGCUGCAGCUCAACAGCAGGACUCAGCCUCCACCCAGAAGGCAGAGAAGGAAGUGACACGCAUGUGCAUCCUGAUGGUUUUGGGUUUCCUGAUCGCCUGGACCCCCUAUGCAACUGUUGCUGCCUGGAUUUUCUUCAACAAGGGAUCUGCUUUCAGCGCUCAGUUCAUGGCUGUUCCUGCCUUUUUCUCCAAGAGCUCAUCUAUCUACAACCCAGUUAUCUAUGUGCUGCUCAACAAACAGUUCCGUGGGUGCAUGAUGCAGACCGUCCUUGGCAAGGCCCCAGAAGAUGAGACAUCAGUGUCCACAAGCAAGACAGAAGUGUCCUCAGUGGGUCCUGCAUAG